AUGCGAAGGACCGGCGCAUUGGCGCUCUUGGGCGCCUUCGUUCAUGGCACUCUUGCUGUAGGCGAGAGCUUGCCGCGCGGUGUUGGACCUGAGUUUGUCAAGUUUUAUACGAACAAACCCACAUUCGCGUGCAUUAGCAACCCCUCCGUUACCCUCGAGGCGUCCCAGAUCAACGACAACUCGUGCGACUGCCCUGAUGGAUCCGACGAGCCAGGCACGGCGGCUUGCUCGCACAUUGACUCCCUGUCCCCCCAGCAACCCCUUCCCGGGUCGGUGACGGGCACCACCAACUCCACGAACGCUCUACCGGGCUUUUGGUGUGCCAACGCUGGACAUAUUGGCAGCUACAUACCCUUUAUGUACGUCAAUGAUGGGGUAUGUGACUACGAACUCUGCUGCGACGGCAGCGACGAGUUUGCCCAUGUUGGUGGCGUCCAAUGCGAGAACCGAUGCGACACCAUUGGCAAAGAGCACCGUCGCCUUGAGGAGCUACGCAAGCAGACCAAGGAGAGGUCAGCCAAGCGGAGGCGGACCAUGGCCAAGGAAGCCCGCGAGUUGCGCCGCAGGGUAGAGGCCAAGAUUGCUGCCCUGAAAUCGGAAAUCGAAGGGCUUGAGGUCAAAAAGGUGGAGCUGCAAAAGAAGUAUGAGGAGAUCGAGCGUUCCGAAAGGAGCAAGGUUGUCAAGGUGGAGGGACAGGGUGGGAAGCUCGGUGUCCUGGUCAGUCUGGCCAAACGCCGCGUUUCCGAACUCCGAAAUGCCCUGGACAAUCUGCUGGACCAGCGUGACGACCUGCAGGAUAGGGUUGAGCAGCUGGAAGAUAUUCUCAACAAGCUCAAAAGGGAGUACAACCCCAAUUUCAACGACGAAGGUGUCAAGGCGGCUGUCAAGAGCUGGGAAGACUAUGCUGCUGGCCAGGCCGGCGAAAAGAAGUCCGAGCUCACGGAUGCUGAAAUCAUGGACAUGUUGAAGGAGGACGGCGAGACAUCUGGCAUCAACUGGGCCGAGUUUGAGAACUCCGACGCCAGUGACGUAGACGUCGUCUACAAUUGGGAAGCAUACCUACCGCAGUCUGCCAGCGACUUCAUCCGUGACAAGCUCAACAUCUUGCGCAUCUGGGCCAUCGACAAUGGCAUAUUGGCCGACAACCGGAGCGGAGGGGGUGAAUCGCGCCUCAUCACGGCAGCCCGUGAGGCACUGGAUGCUACCAAGAAUGAGAUCACAUCCAAGACCUCGGCGCUCGACGAGCAGCAGCGUGAUCUGGAGAAGGACUACGGCCCGGACGACAUCUUCCGUGCUCUCAAGGGGAAGUGCAUCAGCAGCGACGUCGGCGAAUACGAGUAUGAACUCUGCUGGAUCGACCGGACAAUGCAAAAGAGCAAGAAGGGCCACGGCAACACUAACAUGGGCAACUUUGUGCGCAUCGAUAAGGAGCUAGCAGACGAGGAGGAACGUCCCGACGGAAAGAGUCUGGGUAAAGGGGAACGAAUGGUGCUGCGGUACGAAAACGGACAGGGCUGCUGGAACGGCCCGAACAGGAGAACCGACGUCUGGCUCACGUGCGCGGAGGCGGACGAGCUCUGGCGCGUAACGGAGUCAGAGAAAUGCGUCUACAAGAUGGAAGUAGGCACCCCUGCUGCCUGCGAGGAGGAAUUGCCAGAGCCGGGAGUGAACGCCAAAGAUGAGCUUUAG